GGCGACGUCCAAAACUGAAGUCUUAUUACUUUCUGAUACGACUCCAAUCGAGACUCGAGUUCUGCGUCCAAUUUUAAUUAACCAACAAGGAGUAAUAUUAUGGAGGAGAGCAUUUGAGUCACAUGUAGAACACAAUACCUGCGUUUAGGAGCUGGAGAAAAACUGGAUCCAACACAGGGCUCAUUUCUCCAUCACUGUCUGUAUACGCGCGUUUGUGAAGCAGAGCGACUUUCUCUCGCACUGUAUCAUGUGGCCGAGCUGUCCAGCCCUGUUCUUUUCUGUUUACACAGCGCCUAUUUUCUGACAAUGCGGUGUGUGUGAAUGCUGUCGUCACGCCGGUGUCGUGUGUGUGAACGUAACCAUAUUAAGGACUCAACUGGACUGUCAACCUAUAUUUAUUCUGCUGCUGUGUGAACUUGAACUUGAAAUCUGACCGAUUAGUAGGGUUAACCCCAAAAGACCAAAUCACUUGAUGCAUUUUUUAAAUAUGAUUUUUUUUAUCGUCUAAUCUCAGUUCCUCUGCGCAAGCUGUUAUGACGUCACAUUUAGAACGUCUCGCCUAGGUUUAGAACUUGCUCAUUUUGUGGGUUGAAGUUUAGGAGUAUAGAUUGAUCGACUGAUUGCUAUCUGACUUUUAUCCAGUGACAAAUAUUGUUAUCAUGAAAUUAUUUUCACGACUGAAAAAAAUGAUUGAGAAGGAGUGUGUACAAGAACCAUGUGUUCUUCUUAAACACACCUCUAACCCAGAGAACCAUCCUCCUCAUUGGCCUGAUGGGGCUCUUGUUGUUGCUGGUGGUUUUGAUGGAAGAGAGGAGGCAGAAAGAGAGGACAAAAAGAAAAAGAAGAGCUUCUGGAGGUGGCCAGCGCUCCGCUUUCCUCACAGGAGAGCCACUAAAUAUGAUCUGGCUAAAGCUGAGAAUAAGCACCAGGCUGAUGCCGGAUCAUAUCGGACAUUUAGCGAUGCUCCAGCUUCUAAAGUCCACCCUGUUGAGGAACCGCUGGAGCAGAAUGCCCCAGGCAAAGGCCACAUCCGCAGCCAUUAUAAAAUCGUCUCAAAACUGGGUCAAGGAGGAUUUGGUUUUGUUUACGAAGGGACUCGCUGCAAGGAUAAACUUGAGGUGGCUGUGAAAUUUUCAGUGAAGUCACCAAACAUGCCAUAUAUCAGAGUGCCUGGUCAUCCCCAAUGCAUCCCAAUGGAGAUAGGCCUGACACUAAUGGCUAAUAAAAGCCCCAGAGCUCCUGAGAUCAUAAGAAUUCUGGACUGGGAGGACAACGAAGACCACUUCAUUAUGGUCAUGGAGCGUCCCAUGCCCUGCAUGGAUUUAAGAAAUUUCGUAAAGCUCCAUGGAGAACGUCUCGAUGAGGAGACAGCACGAAAGGUCAUGCAGCAGGUCACCGAAGCCGCUAAUGUUUGCAUCAAGUGUGGCGUCUUUCAUCGGGACAUAAAAAUGGAGAACCUGCUGUUAAACCAGGACACCAUGGAGGUGAAACUCAUUGACUUCGGGUGCGGUGUGCAAAUGAAGAGAUUUGGCUAUGAAGUCUUCAGUGGCACAAAAGCGUAUUGUCCACCAGAGGUCAUCGUGAACGGCAAAUACCAUGCAAAGCCAACAACAGUGUGGUCGCUGGGGAUCCUUCUGUUCAUGAUGGUGUGUGGACAUUAUCCCACAGAAUACGACCUGGAUCUGAUCAGUAAGAGGAGCUGGACCAGACCUGGCCUGUCACAAGAAUGCUGCCAGAUGAUUUCUUCAUGUCUGCAGUCUGAUCCACAGCAGAGGAUCGAUCUGGAGAAGAUGCAGAUCCAUGACUGGUUUAAGGUCAUGGAGUGAGACAUGAAGAAUCUAAGAAGAUAUCUCCUGUCAUGGCCAACCUGUAGUUUUCGAUCUUGGGUCAGCUUUGCAUCUGGCGGGAUGAUAUGAGUGGCCUCUCCAUCUCUCCACUUAGCGUCUUGUGAAAGCCGGCAUCUUCCGACAUUGUCUGCCUCCUCGAAAUGAAGCAGCAAUGCUUGUAAUAGUUAUUUGGAUAGUCUUUAAAUUUAUAUGUACUUCUUAAAAAAAUGUAUAAGACAUAAGUGUGUAAGAUAAGUGUAUAAGACAGACAAGUGUUUAAGUGUAUAAGAUAAGAGUAUAAGAUUACUGUAUAAGUGUAUCAGGUAGACUGGUGUAGACGUUAAAGAUAAGUAUAAUUUACAGAUAAUUAAUAUUUGAAAUAUAAUUUAAUUUAUUAGAAAUUGUUGUUGUGUUUUCAUUCCCCAUGUGCUUAGUGUGACCUUAACUGCUCUUUGUGUCUGAUUUUGUCUUUCUGUUUACCUGAGUUUGAAUAAUUAUCCUCAUGUCUCU